AUGCAGGAACAGGGGUUAUAUCCUGAUCCAAAGAUCUUUGUCACCGUUAUCAGCCGACUGGGGGAGCAGGGGAAGUGGAAUAUGAUACAGAAGACUUUUGAGAAUAUGAAACGCCGCGGGCAUAAGAAAAGUGGGACCAUUUAUGCUGCUUUGGUUGAUAUUUAUGGGCAAUAUGGAAAAUUUAAAGAUGCAGAAGAGUGUAUAUCUGCCCUAAAGGCGGAAGGUCUUAUUCCUUCAACCAGCAUGUUUUGCGCCUUAGCAAAUGCCAACGCUCAGCAAGGAUUAUGCGGACAGACAGUUAAGGUGCUUCAGCUCAUGGAAGCUGGGGAAAUUGAACUCAAUGUCAUAAUGCUGAAUGUGCUGAUGAAUGCAUUCGGUGUUGCUGGUAGACAUUUAGAGGCUUUAUCCAUUUAUCACCAUAUAAAAGAAAUUAAAGGUUUUAGCCCUGAUGUGGUUAUGUAUACUACCCUUAUGAAGGCAUAUAUUCGGGCAAGGAGGUUCGAUAAGGUCCCUGAUGGAAGUUGGAACACGCUGGAUGCACUCCGAAUAGGAAGGCUAGGAAGAUGUUACAAGUUGCUUUAA